GGAUCCAAUGCAAGAUACCGGCAACGGAGUGUAGCCAGCAAAGCGGAACCUGAGUGUGUUCGGUACUGUUGACACUGUCACGGAUCGAUGUAACUCUCUGCCUACGGUACCGUAGUUGGCUACAAUGGCUGGAUUGCAUGUAUUUGCAAUACCGGUAUGGAAUCAUAUGGAUCCAAGUAGCCAGUAAACUGACGAAACAGGAGACCAACGCUGAAAAAAAGCCGAAUUUCCUAUUUCCUGUUCCGGUGAAGCCAAAAUAUAGGGAUAGAGAUAGUCAUAAGCCAACAAAACUGGAAAUUGAAGGUUCUACAAAUUUAGGGUUAGGAAUAAAUCAUGAUCAUUCAAAGUUAGUGCACUCAACACAAUAAGUCAGCAGGAGCUGUAAAGGUUAGAGUUACAAUAAGGGAAUGGCAGCUGGUAAAUUAUAGAGUAGCGGGCGGCAACACACGACGUAGUCGGGUGUUAUCGCCAGGGCUAGCUUAAUAAAGAAGGUUGCAAUGAGGGAAUGAAUGAUACCGAGCGACAACACACGACGUAGUCGAGUGUUGUCGCCAGGGCUGGCUUGAAAGAUGGGUGCAAUCUCGAACAUGAUCCUCCUUCUUCUAUCUGUCUUUCUGCCGAGGUAUCGCAGCUCCCGCUGACUUAAAAACAUGCCUUCAUCAGGGGAGUCGAGUCAACCUGGAUGCAAGCUUGGUGCUUCUGAAUAUCGUAUUGUCAAGACCAAUAAGCAUGAGGGGUACACCACUCAAUGUUAAGAAUACUAGUACGUACUUAAAAGUACAGUAUUGUGUGUUAGAGUUAGAGCCAACAAAUGAGAACUCUGUUCCACAUCACUUUUUCGAGAGCCACUUGCGUGCAGGGUUGCGAGGUAUCGGUACUACAUGUAGUAUCAUCAGGAUCCAAGAGUGUACAGUAUCCAUGCAGAGGUAUCCAUGUAAAUAGUCGGUUAGCAACACUUCAAAGAAAGCCGAAAUCGAGGGAGUUCGAUGUACCAUGACUUCAUCGCCAUUCCACCGUGGCAUUUCCCUUCACAUGGACGAUGACAUGGAGGAAGAACGAACGGGUCACCGAUUCGCAUACCAACAGCGUCAGACAGAACUGCGAAGGCAACAAGCCGCCACGGAAGCUUACAAUGAGGUGGCUCAUCAAUUCGAUCCAAACUACAAACCUAAACCACUACCACCCACGCCAGAGGAGUUGGAUGCCAUGUUCCAAGACGCGACUAGACUCUUUCAAAAUCCACCACCACCGCUACCACCACCGCCACUACAAUCGCCUGACGUAGUAAAGGGUGGAGAGUUCGUGCAGAAGAAAGAGAAUACCACCCCUACUAGCACCCAAACAAUCAUUGAAAAAGGAAAAAAGGAAAUCUUCAGAGCUUAUCGAGUUCAGAUCUCCAGCAAUGACAGCCAAGGACAAGUGAUUCCUGUCCACGUGAUAGACGUACUCGACGGGCUUCAGACAGUUCAUGUACGCUGUCCCAAGGAAGCACAAGCAGGUCAAGAGCUGGAAAUCAGAAUCCCAACAAAUUACGUGUAUCAAAGUUCAAACACUGCUAUUCCUGUGAUGAAACGGAUUGUAUCCAUACCCAACAAUAUCAUCAAUGGUCAAUCGUUUCAGCUCCAAAUACCGAUGUUCUUUCAACCACCCGUUCCAAAACACACACAGUUUUACAAGGGCUAUGUGACCCUCAAGAUUCCCACAAAUUUCAUUGAUGGUGCGAGGCUCAGCCCUGUCCAUGUGUCGCUGGGGAAACAUGCAACUCUCGGCGCAUCUCCUGGCAUUCUCUUGCACCAAUGGGUCAAAGCCCAUGUGUCACCCAAGUCCAUUUUCAAAAGAGUGUUAGUUGUCAAUGUAGAAUGUCCAUUUGGAAGUAUACCAGGAGACCAACUCCUAGUCUGUAUCCCUACCGAACGGUAUGGGGGCAUGACCCGGGCAGAUGGAAGGAUAACUCUUGGCAAUCCUUUUGUCCAGCUUCUGGAUGUCUUGGAGGGACCAUCUUUCGUGCGUCUUUUACCAAAAGAAUAGACUGUUCGCCUUCUAAAACUAGUUACUGUAGCUACCGAGCCAGAUGGCUAGCUGCUGGCUACCGUCACCGGCUGGUACUAGUACCUAAUAACUACUAGCUAGUAAUGUACCAGUACCGGUACUGGUGGUGCAGUUUGAUUAGGUUUUGCUUUUAAAUCUUCGCAAU